AGGCAGGAUCUGCGUAUAAAUGGCCCCGGAGGGUGCCCGAUCCUAGAGCGAGGCGCACGGUUUGCCGCCGCUGGAGCUGCCGCCUCCCGCUGGACCCAAGUGACUCAGGCUUUUGUUCGCCCUCCCUGGUCAAGGCGGGUUGCCUCCCUCGGCACGAUGCCGGAGUGCUGGGACGGGGAACACGACAUCGAGACGCCUUACGGCCUCCUGCACGUGGUGAUCCGGGGCUCCCCCAAGGGGAACCGCCCGGCCAUCCUCACCUACCAUGACGUGGGCCUCAACCACAAGCUGUGCUUCAACACCUUCUUCAACUUCGAGGACAUGCAGGAGAUCACCAAGCACUUCGUGGUGUGCCACGUGGACGCCCCCGGGCAGCAGGUGGGGGCGUCGCAGUUCCCUCAAGGGUACCAGUUUCCUUCCAUGGAGCAGCUGGCCGCCAUGCUGCCCAGCGUGGUCCAGCACUUUGGGUUCAAGUACGUGAUUGGCAUCGGAGUAGGAGCUGGAGCCUACGUGCUGGCCAAGUUUGCACUCAUCUUCCCCGACCUGGUGGAGGGGCUGGUGCUGAUGAACAUCGACCCCAAUGGCAAGGGCUGGAUCGACUGGGCUGCCACCAAGCUCUCUGGGCUGACCAGCACUUUACCUGACACGGUGCUCUCCCACCUCUUCAGCCAGGAGGAGCUGGUGAAUAGCACGGAGCUGGUCCAGAGCUAUCGCCAGCAGAUCAGCAACGUGGUGAACCAGGCCAACCUGCAGCUCUUCUGGAACAUGUACAACAGCCGCAGAGACCUAGACAUUAACCGGCCUGGGACGGUGCCCAAUGCCAAGACGCUGCGCUGCCCCGUGAUGCUGGUGGUCGGGGACAACGCCCCUGCUGAGGACGGGGUGGUCGAGUGCAACUCCAAGCUGGACCCAACCACCACCACCUUCCUGAAGAUGGCAGAUUCUGGAGGGCUUCCCCAGGUCACACAGCCGGGGAAGCUGACCGAAGCCUUCAAAUACUUCCUGCAAGGCAUGGGCUACAUUGCGUACUUGAAGGACCGAAGGCUGAGCGGAGGAGCAGUGCCUUCGGCCAGCAUGACCCGUCUCGCGCGCUCUCGCACCGCGUCCCUCACCAGCGCCAGCUCCGUGGAUGGCAGCCGCCCACAGGCCUGCACCCACUCGGACAGCAGUGAGGGGCUGGGCCAGGUCAACCACACCAUGGAGGUGUCCUGUUGAAGCCCGUGGUCCCGCCGAGGACACCCACCUGCCCGCCCGCAUCGAGGUCCCACUGCCAUCCCUACACCGGCUCAUGUUCCCUUUAGUUUGUUUUGGUGAGGGCACAGGGGAGGAAACCGUGUUCAUUCUCUUCUGUUUAAAAUCCGAGGGGCUCCACCUUCGAUGCUGCAGCGGAAGUCCCCCCCCCCAAGGCUCUGAUGGGUUCCCUCCUCCCCACCCGCAUCUCGCUCAACCUGUCCACUUGGCUGACCUGGACCCCUCGUCCAACUCCCUCCAGCCCUGGUAUGGGCAGGGCAGUGAUUCACUAGGGAAGGAAUCUGGACUAGAGAGAGCGUGGGACAAGCCCUGGGCAGGCAGGUUUGAGAAGGGAGCUGGGACACAGCACUGGGAGGGCUGGGUGUCCCCAGCCGCCCCGCUAAGCACACCUGUUUCUGUCUUGUAGUACAGGUAACAGUCAUCUGGGCAAUAGCCACAAGGGGGCACUCCGACCAGGCAGCCCUUUUCCUGGUGCUUGCUGAGCUGGGCUGGUGCUGUAGGGCCAGGGAGGCAGGGCCCAAGGAAGACCGAUUAUGGAGAGCGUUGAGGGCGGGAACCCCGGUCCUGUCCCUUCCGGCCCACACACUCCGCCAGUCCCUGGGGGUCCUGUCCCAUUUCUGAGCCAAGGCCCCCCUAACACAGAAACCGCCUGGUCCUGUUUCCGUAUGGCUUGACCAGAGGCUGAGGGACCGGACUGGGAUAGCCUGUGUGUGUGCUGUGUGUCCCUGCAGGGACUUCGCGGGAGCCAGCAGGUGGCCGGAGGCAGGGGCAGCUGCGUGCCUGUGGGCUGCUUUUUUGGCACCGGUCAGCAGCAGCGUGGUGAUUUCAGGCAGAGCUUUGGUAAAGCUACUCCUGUGCUUCCUGUAGGCAUCACGAAGGAAGAGAGUGUAUUUGGAGAGACUGGUGCAAGGCAGCCAGACGCCUCAGCCCCACACCACCGGCUCUGGGCCUGGGCCUGCGCCUGCUCCGUCCUAGUGGUGUGGGGGAGGGGGAGCUGAAGGCUCUUGGAGUUAGCAAGGUGGUCAGGUAAAGGAGAAGGCUCCCCACGCACACCAGCCCCACCCUGCUACCUGAAACCCAGACUGCGCCACCCCCUUGCCAUCCGUCCACCUUACCAGGUAGACUCUCCUGGCCCAGAGAGCAGAGCCACCUGUGUCAGAGCCUGCGUCACUUGUCACAAACCCCAGCAGACAGCACUGAACACUGAAGGGCUGUGGAGGGGCGAGGGCUCUGAGGCUGAGAGGACCCCCGCUUCCCUGUGUCCGGGGCACAGCUCCCCUCCCUUCUGCAACCUUAAGCCAUCACUAGAUUGCUCCAGAGCCUGGUCGGGUGUUAAUCUGUCCCCAGUUCUAUCCACUCAUGUGCUUCCUUUGAAAACUGAAUGUGACUGAGAGCUCUUACUGUAGAUAUAGCUCUGCGAACCUGAAUCGUUUUCUUUUGCUGUGUUCUUUCAGAUGAAAUAUCUAUAAAUAUCUAUACAUUAUAUAUAUAUGUAUAUUGGGUCCUCCCGUGUGUGGUUUUCCGUGGAGGUUGUCUGGUCGAGGUGAACUUUUACUGAAGUUUAUUCUUUCCCUCUGUACAAAGUGAAGAGCCUAAUUUUGUGUAUUCUGGUGGCUGGUGUCAUGAGACUUUGAGAUGACAAAACGUAAAACAAAUAAAGCCCUUGUCAACAAAGAAAGCGUUCACU